GGCCUGGCGGGACGGGACGGGGCAACCCGGAAGGACACAAGACGCGGCCGCCUGUCUCCCUAGGACAGGGAGACCCACUGUCCGGCCGGCCUUUUGCCCAGGCGACUGCAGCCAGGAUGGGCCGGAAGGUGACCGUGGCCACCUGCGCGCUCAACCAGUGGGCCCUGGACUUCGAGGGCAAUUUGCAAAGGAUUUUAAAGAGUAUUGAAAUUGCCAAACACAAAGGAGCAAGAUACAGGCUUGGACCAGAACUGGAAAUAUGUGGCUACGGAUGUUGGGAUCAUUAUUACGAGUCGGACACCCUCCUGCAUUCGCUCCAGGUCCUGGCUGCCCUUCUGGAGUCUCCAGUCACUCAGGAUAUCAUCUGUGAUGUGGGAAUGCCCAUAAUGCACCGAAACGUCCGCUACAACUGCAGGGUGAUAUUUCUCAACAGGCAAACAGAGGAAUAUUUUCUCCCCCGGAUGAUACAGGACCUGACAAAGCAGGAGACCGUGCCCUUUGGGGACGCUGUCCUCUCCACCCGGGACACCUGCAUCGGGAGUGAGGUCUGCGAGGAGCUCUGGACACCCCGCAGCCCACACGUGGACAUGGGCCUGGACGGCGUGGAGAUCUUCACCAACGCCUCAGGCAGCCACCACGUGCUGCGCAAAGCCCACGCCAGGGUGGACCUGGUGACCAUGGCCACCACCAAGAACGGCGGGAUAUACUUGCUGGCCAAUCAGAAGGGCUGUGACGGGGACCGGCUGUACUACGACGGCUGUGCCCUGAUAGCCAUGAACGGCAGCAUCUUUGCCCAGGGAUCCCAGUUCUCUCUGGACGACGUGGAAGUCCUCACUGCCACGUUGGAUUUGGAGGACGUCAGAAGCUACAGGGCAGAGAUUUCAUCUCGAAACCUGGCGGCCAGCAAGGUGAGCCCCUACCCCCGCGUGAAGGUGGACUUCGCCCUGUCCUGCCACGACGACCUGCUGGAGCCGCUCUCUGAGCCCGUUGAGUGGAAAUACCACAGUCCCGCCGAGGAGAUCAGCCUCGGACCUGCAUGCUGGCUCUGGGAUUUUUUAAGACGUAGCCAACAGGCGGGGUUCUUCCUGCCCCUGAGCGGCGGGGUGGACAGCGGGGCCACCGCCUGUCUCGUCUACUCCAUGUGCCACCAGGUCUGCGAGGCUGUGAAGCACGGAAAUCAGGAAGUGCUGGCCGACGUCCGGACCAUUGUGAACCAGACCAGCUACACCCCCCAGGACCCCCGGGAGCUCUGCGGCCGCGUCCUGACCACCUGCUACAUGGCCAGCGAGAACUCCUCCCGGGAGACGUGCAGCAGAGCCAGAGAUCUCGCCCAGCAGAUCGGAAGCCACCACAUCGGUCUCAACAUCGACCCAGCCGUGAAGGCCGUCAUGGGCAUCUUCAGCCUGGUGACGGGUAAAAGCCCUGUGUUUGCAGCUCACGGAGGAAGCAGCCGGGAGAGCCUGGCCCUGCAGAACGUACAGGCGCGCGUGAGGAUGGUCAUUGCCUACCUCUUCGCUCAGCUGAGCCUCUGGUCCCGGGGCGCCCCCGGCAGACUUCUCGUGCUUGGAUCUGCCAACGUGGAUGAGAGGACCCUUGUGAUUGCAUUUAGGGCCCACCCCAUAAUCCAGGGGAAUCACCCAUCCCAGGGUCCUCAGCCUCGUCUCAUCUGCGGAGUUCCUUUCUCCCUGUAUGUCCUCCUCGGCUACCUGACCAAGUACGACUGCUCCAGCGCAGACGUCAACCCCAUAGGCGGGAUCAGCAAGACGGACCUGAGAGCCUUCGUCCAGCUCUGCGUGGAGCGCUUCGAGCUUCCCGCCCUGCAGAGCAUCCUGGUAGCGCCGGCCACUGCCGAGCUGGAGCCCUUGGCCCAUGGACGGGUGUCCCAGACUGAUGAGGAAGACAUGGGAGUGACCUACGCGGAGCUGUCGGUCUAUUGGAGGCUCCGGAAGAUCGCCAAGAUGGGGCCCUACAGCAUGUUCUGCAGACUCCUCUACAUGUGGAAGGACGUCUGCACCCCCAGACAGGUGGCCGACAAAGUGAAGCGGUUUUUCUCGAAGUAUUCCAUGAAUAGACACAAAAUGACCACACUGACCCCCGCGUAUCACGCCGAGAGCUACAGCCCAGACGACAACAGGUUCGAUCUGCGGCCGUUUCUGUACAACACCCGCUGGCCUUGGCAGUUCCGCUGCAUAGAAACUCAGGUCCUCCAGCUGGAGAGAAGACAGCGUCAGGACCUGGACGGCGUGGACUGAGCCCGGGUCCUGCGCAGAGGGCUCCCCUCCCGCGAGGCUGCGCGUUGCACGUCUGCCUUGCUGGUGGCUGUGAGCGGGAACGGCUGGCGUGUCCACAAGCCCCGUCUGACCUGUUUCGAGGAGAGGGAUCUUUUCAGUCUGGUUUCUUUUAAAAAGGCUGAAAUACAAGAGGAUGCGAUUUUAAACCCUCUUCUUCUCUUUUUUUUAAAUUAAAAAAUUAAUUUAAAAAAAUUAAUUUUUAAAUUAAUUUUUAUUGGCGUAUAGUUGAUUUACAAUGUUGUGUUAGUUUCUGCCGUACGGCAAAGUGAAUCAGCUAUACGUAUACAUAUAUCCGCUCUCUUUUAGAUUCUUUUCCCAUAGAGGGCAUUACAGAGUCUGAGUAGCGUUCCCUGUGCUGUACAGCAGGUAUUGGGAUGCACAUACACAAACUACUAUAUAUAAACCCUCUUCUUGAAGCGAGCGCUUUCCCCAGCCCCUCUGGCCCUUGUGCAGCAUCUCCUGAGUGUCACCUGAGCCGAAGGAGGAUUUUCCAGGCAGGGAUGGAGGAGGCCCUGGGGGGUGGAGGGUGGUUCUAGAAUGACUGUCCCCACCCGUCACCCACCCUUGCAAUCUUUGUAGUUUUGCAAAGCAGCCCUUUCUCCUUUUCUUCCUCUGUCCUUGUGUAUGACUCUUCUCACUAUAAACUGGCCCAUUUCCCUGAUUUCUGUUUCCUGGUCACCGUCAUUGUCAUUCCGAGGACCUAAACUUGCAGGGAUGUAGAUUUGCCUCCAUCCUGUGCCACCAGGGAAGGCUUCACAGGCUCUCGGGGCAGGCUGUGCGGUCACCAUUCCUGCCCCCCCCCCCCAUGUGCUGCCCUAAAGAAAGACCCCCCUGGGGGGCCAGCUGCCUGCCGUCCUUGCCAGCCUCCCCCUCCCAUUUCGGUCUCACCGUCCUGGGUCAGCACCCAGGUUAAGUGGGACGGUUCCAGUGUGGGCGGGAGGAGAGAGCUGGGCUCUGGUUGCGGACCUGGCGGAAGGUCCAGCCUUGGGCCCGAGCAACACAGCUCAGCCCCCAUUCUGCUGGAACACCAGGAAUUCCUAAGGAUCCCCAGGAAUAUUUACAAACUGCAUCAGCUUGGACUUUCUGCGUGUGUGUUACCAAAAGCCUUACCCAAGAAAAGAACCUGGUGAACAAGGAAAGGAAUUUAUUGAUUGACGUGCUGAGCAGUCCGGGGGAGUAACAGCUUCAGGCCUGGCUGGACCCAGGGUUUGUGCCAUGUCAUUGGAACUUGUUUCUCUCUUCCCCUGACCCUGUCUCUGUGUGCUGGCUUCCUCUUGUGACUCCAGUCUUGCAGACUCCCAAGUUCAGAUCCAGCAGGAGAUUAGCACAUGUGCCUUCCCCGUUUCUUCAGUACAGGCCCUGGAUUAGCUCAGUUGGGUCACAUGCCCAUUUCUGAACCAGUUAGCUACUGCCCCGAGGUCCUCCAAAGACGACCACGGGGUGUUAUCAGAAUUAGGAAAAAUAGAUGGUGAGUUCUCCAAACAGGAACGGCCACUGCACACACCCUCAGGCCCUGGCCCGGGCCCAGGCUCUGGACAAUGGCUCCUUGGAUCUAAGUCCACGUUUCCUGGCAAUGCUACUGCAGGCCCUGGGCCUGCAAAGCACAUGCACAGAACGUUCCUCAACUUCCCACAGUGACAGCAACACCCAGGGACGUAUUAAUAAGACUCCAGGCUUGGGCAGAGGGAAGGGAACAAGGGCACACUGCCCUCUUUCCCUGAAGGCUGCCGCCAUCUUUGUAUCUCCCACCCCCGGAAUCCAGAACCCCUCCCGCAGGCUCGGGGACAGAAUAACCCCUUCUCCCUCACCCCACCGAGGGCCACUUUCCUGUGAUGUAAAGUCACUCGACGUAAAGACAACCUUUUACACCACGAUGCGAAGCCACGUCCUGCUUACCGUCUCCGACUCGUCUUCCAGAAGAGAGACUUGGCCGUGUGGAGCCCAAUCCCAAUGCUACGGUCUGUGGCAUCAAUAUUUUGUUACAGCAUCCUUCACGUACGUACUGAGACCCCCGUGAAGGUGUUUCUCCUAAAACAAAGGAAAAGUUUACGCUUCAAGGAGAAUUCAGUCCUUCACCUUCGGGAGAAUCUGGAAAGAAAACAAAACAGCAGUAAAAGCUAUUCUUCGAGCCGAUGUGGCCCAGGGCCCUUUGGAGGACCACCUUGAGGGGCUCCCUCAGCCGCUGUGUCUGAAGGCCCCCAGUGAAGAAGUCAAUAGCAAGGUUAGCGGUGCUGUUGGUGCAGGACAGGUGGAUGCAGACAUCGCUGAGAGUGUGAUGUUUCAUGUCAGCUACGAGGCAGCUGACGAUGCAGAGGGGCAGCCCGAAGAGAACGAAGCCCAGGACCGACAGCAGAAGGACCAGGUAGAGCUUUCUGGGCCAGUGUUGCUGGGAGCUCGCCUGGGCUCGGAGGAGCAACAGCAGGCUGGACAAGCCCAGGAUGGAGAACGGGAGGAGGACCCACACGGUGGUGGCGGUCGUCAGUGCGGGACCGAACUUUGUCCUUGGGAUGAAUAAACUGACCACAGGCAUGACCUCUCAGUAUAUUAACCGAAAAGAUCAGAAUCCAGAGCAGGGCGCUCACGUUGCCUGACAGGUGCUUGGGGCAACGACACUGAUACCAAAUAGGGAAGAAGGAGGACAGACAGUGCUGGAAGCUGAUGGCGGUCGUGAUGCCCAGGCCAGUGAAGUAGAAGAAGAACCUCAGGACCAUAAAGGUGUCAUGCAGGUGAAAGGAAUAGUGCAGGAAAAGCUUCAGGAUUUGGCAGACAAGAGAAUACAGUCUGGAAACAAAGGUUCAUGAAAUCCUCCACGGCCAGAUUGAGGCUGUAGAUGAAGAAGGCAUUUUUCUUGGCGGACAGCUGGACAAACCAGAUUACUAUUCCAUUUCCCACCAACCCACAAAGGGCCACAGCCACAGUGAUGGACCGGAAGAUCAUGUGGUCAGUGUUCUCUGAUCUUGGAGCCAGCGCUGUGGCGUCAAUGCUGGAACGAUUGCAUGUCUUGCGGUACUGGGCCAUGGUGAGGAGAUCCAAGCUCAGCAAGACUCUGCUGGGUUCCUCUGAUCCGUGAUUCCCGGCACUCCUGGGGUGGGUGGGGGGAGUCAGAGACGGAAACACAGAACCUCAGGCAAGUAAGGUGGGCUCUUGCUCCUCCCCACUCUCCCUGUCUCUCUCUUCUCUCUCCUCCUCCUUCCCUCCUUGCCCGCCUUCUUCCCUCAGUUUGUCUCUUUCUCUUCCCCUUCCUUCUAUUUCCCACCCCCAAGCCCGGCCACAAAUGAACCAAGUCCAGGUCGUUACUGUGGUUCUUGUCUCUCCCUAGAGGAUGAGAUAAGAGCUCAGCUUCAUCCUCUUGAGCUGGGCCCCUUGGGCAUCAGUACAGCUCAUUCAUUCAUCUCUGUACUCAACAAACUGAUUUGCCGGAUGUCCCCUCCAGCUUAGGCGCUGAGCAGAACACAGGGUGGGGAAAGUUGGGGAGACCUGGUUUCUGCCCCCAAGGAAACCAGGGGAAUAACCACUUACAGGACGGUGCGACUGGAGCUCUAGUACUCAGGGGGGAGUUGACCCUUGAAGACAUGGUAGACGUUACCAAGAAAGAUGAUACCCAAUGCAGAGAAACCACUUGAAGAAGGUCCAGAGUCUUGUGGGAGCUUGUGCACUCAGGGUAGACCUCUUAGUAUGGUUAGGACCUGAAGAGCAGUUUGGGAUGCAGGGGAGAGGACGUCGAUGAUGUAAAGGUGGGUGGAGGCAUCUGGUCUACCUCCUUACUUAGGUCCAGGUGGCAGCCCAGAUGCACUGAUAUCUGUAGGGCGAGCUGUGCCUGAGUCCCUAGGAUAUCUCAUCUACUCCAUCUGCUUCAAUACCAUCCGGUGCUAAUGACUCCGAAAAGCGGGUCAGCCGCCUGAAGGUGCUCUGUGGGCUCCUAGGGCUGUGGGUUCUCCUGUCUCAGUGGCUGUGGGACAGAAGGAUGGCUCCUCUCAAAGACACCCACGUCCUAAUCCCCAGAGUCUAUGACGAUUGAGGUAGGAGAGAGGGGAUGAAGAUGGCACAUGGAAUUAAGACUGCUAACCAGCUGAACUUAAAAUAGGCAGAUUAUCCUGGGUCAUUCAGGUGGGCCCCACAUGUAAUCACAAGGGUCCUUAUAAAAAGGAGGCAGAGGAGGAGACUCAGAGAAGGAGGUGGGAAGCGGGAAGCAGGGGCGGGCUGAUGUGAUGCUUGGUUUUGAAGAGUACAGUAGAGGCCACCAGCCAAGGAUGCAGGCCCCUCCAGAAGUUGAAAAAUGACCGGGAAGCAGCUUCUCCCUUGAAGCCCUGGGAAGGAAUAUAGCCCUGUCCACACCUUGAUUUUAGCCCAGUGAGACCCAUUUUGGGUUUUGGACCUCCAUAAUUGUAAGGUCAUAAAUUUGCGGUGAUUUGCUACAGCAGCCAUAGGAAACUGUUACAUAAGGUCGCUCGUUCCGUGGUUGGGCUCAGGUUCCGAGAGGUCCUUUCUGCCCUUUGGGUUUCACGCUUCUUCCCUUUCUCAUCCCUUGUUGCCAGCUUCUCCUUAUCUUUUACUCAGACCAAUUCAGCUCUUCUCCUUUUCUCAUCCCCUUGAUGCUGACGUUUUCCAGGUCACGUUUCUCGGCAUUCUGUUCUGUUGUAGUUAAACGACGCCCUUGAAUCUGAUCUCACCCAUUCACAUGGCAUUCUGUGGACCACUCGGUUCCCAAACACACCUCUUCAGCCUCCGUCUCUCUUCAGCCCUGACUUGCUCAUCAAACUGCCGACUAAUAACACCACGUAUAACACCACCCCCCAAACGUGUGCUCUCCACUGCGCUUCCUUAUUCCUACAAAUUACAUUGCCACACAAAACCCAGUCCCCUAGAUAUGAAAUGUGAAAUCACUGGAGGGCAUCAGGUGCACUCUGGGGUCAGGCUGUUUGGGUUGGAUUCCUGCCCCUCCCACUAAUUAACGAGUGCCUUUGUGUGAUGUACUCGGUCUUUGUACUAUAUAUAGUAGAUGCACGCUACUGUAUAUAAAAUAGAUAAACAACAAGGACCUACUGUAUAGCAUAGGGAACUAUAUCCAGGGAACUAAUUAUCCAAGAUUAAUAAUUAUAGGUUAUUAAUCUUGUAAUAACCUAUAAUGGAAAAGAAUCUGAAAAAGAAUAUAUAUACAUAUGUAUAACUGAAUCACUUUGCUGUACACCAGAA